AUGAGAUCACUUCUCCUCUUGGCACUUGUGAGUGCAACUGCCUACGCCAGUUUCGACAAGAUCAAGGAUUCGAUUCAGAAUCCUCUGGCACGUGGAUUCGGUGACGACAUCGCCUGGGUCAAAUGGGAAGAUGCCAUCGAGACGGCUCUCGACACCAAUAAGCCAAUCUUCUUGCUGAUUCACAAGUCAUGGUGCCACGCUUGCAAAGCUCUCAAGAAGACAUUCCAACAAUCGAAUGCCAAGAAGGCGUUCAAGAAGCUCUCCGAACACUUCGUCAUGGUCAACACCGAAGACGACGACGAGCCAUUUGAGGAGGAGUACCGUCCAGAUGGAAAGUACAUUCCACGUCUUUUGUUCCUCGACAAAAACGGAGAUCUUCUUCAAGAAUUCAAGAAUAAGAAGGCCGAGUACAAGAAUUACGCUUAUUAUUACUCUUCUCCAGCUGAUAUUCUCAACUCGAUGAAGGACGUUUUGAAGCACUUCGGAGUUGAUAUUCCAGAAAUUAAGAGAGGAGACAAGCUGAAGCCAAAGAAGCCAGAGGGAAAGAAGAAGGAGUUGUAA